GCUGAGAAGCCGGUGGGUGAAAGAAAAGAGCUAGGGCUCUCUGAAGGCGAAAGUUUAGAGAGAGCUUGAAUUUCCCGGGAAAGAGAGAUUUAAGGGUGAAAACUGAAAAGAGUAGAAGAGACCGUUGCCCUUUUUAAACACAGCCCUAAGAUCGGAAUCGGGCAAUGACUGCUCCGGCUGAGAUCGUUAUCCCCGUGGAGCACGCGGAGAAGACGAAGACGCUGAUCGGUGCACUCAACCUCAUCUCUCGCAACCUUCCGCUUCCCCCCGAUGUCUUUCACGCCAUUUCUUCCAUAUACAACAACGACGCUGCCGCCGAUGGGGUUUUGCCGGAUGGCGAGCCAGCGGCGGCGGAGGAGCUCGGUUCUCCCGAUUCUUUGGACCAGUCGCUUUAUGGGGCCCCACAUGGAGGUGAUUUAAUUACAGAAUUUGAAGAUGCACUAGUGGAGCUUCAAGAUAACCACUUGUCUAGUACAGCAUUAAGGAACAGAAAGGAAAGUCGGUUCCAAAGCUUAAUUCAGCAUCGUCUUACAGAGCUUGAAGGGUUGCCAUCAAGUAGAGGAGAGGAUCUGCAGAUGAAGUGCUUGCUUGAGCUCUAUGGUCUAAAGUUGGUACAAUUACAGAGGAAGGUGCGUGCAGAUGUUAGUGCAGAGCACUGGUUAUAUGAAAAAUGUGCAUAUCCUGAAAAACAAUUGUUUGAUUGGGGAAUGAUGCGCCUGCGGCAUCCUUUUAGCAUGUAUGGUAUUGGCGAUACUUAUGCAAUGGAAGUUGAUGAUCGUCAGAGGAAAAAAAGAGAUGCAGAGAGGCUUUCCAGGCUUGAAGAGGAAGAAAAGAAUCGCAUGGAGACCAAGAAGAGGAAAUUUUUUGCUGAAAUACUUAAUGCUGCUCGAGAGUUUCAAUUACAAGCACAAGCUGCUUUGAAACGAAGAAAACAGAAAAAUGAUGGUGUUCAGGCAUGGCAUGCAAGGCAAAGGCAACGAGCUACUCGUGCAGAAAAGUUGAGGUUUCAGGCAUUAAAAGCAGAUGACCAAGAAGCAUAUAUGAGAUUGGUUGAAGAGAGCAAGAAUGAGCGGCUGACCAUGCUUCUUGGAAAAACAAAUGAGCUUCUUGUUUGCCUUGGUGCUGCAGUCCAGAGACAGAAAGAUGCUGAACAUUUUGAUGAUCUUGAAGCCUUGAAAGGUUCCGAGCCUGUUGAUCCUUCUCUCUCUAAAACUGGAACUCCAGGAGAACUAAUUUUAGAUGAAGAUAAGGAUAUUGUUGACAUCGAGUCUGGUCCAGAUUUCCAUACAAAUGAUUUUCUUGAAGGACAAAGGCAAUAUAAUUCUGCUGUUCAUUCCAUUCAAGAAAAGGUAACUGAGCAACCAGCUAUGCUCCAGGGUGGAGAAUUAAGAUCUUAUCAGUUAGAAGGACUUCAAUGGAUGCUUUCUUUGUUUAACAACAAUCUAAAUGGUAUCCUUGCUGAUGAGAUGGGCCUAGGUAAGACAAUUCAGACUAUUGCAUUGAUUGCAUAUCUGAUGGAGAACAAAUGUGUCAGUGGUCCGCACAUGAUCAUAGCUCCAAAGGCUGUAUUGCCAAACUGGCUUCAUGAAUUUUCAACUUGGGCACCUAGUAUAUCAACUGUUUUAUAUGAUGGAGGGGUAAAUGAAAGAAAGGCUAUAAAAGAUGAGAUUUCUGGAGAAGGAAAGUUUAACGUUUUGAUCACCCACUAUGACCUUAUAAUGAAAGAUAAAGUAUUUCUGAGGAAGAUUCAUUGGUUCUAUAUGAUAGUUGAUGAAGGGCAUCGCUUAAAAAAUCAUGAGUGUGCUCUUGCAAGAACGUUGGCCUCUGGCUUUCAUAUUAGGCGGAGACUUCUUUUGACUGGUACUCCGAUACAGAAUAGUCUUCAGGAACUGUGGUCAUUGCUUAAUUUCCUUCUACCUAGCAUCUUUAAUUCGGUACAGAAUUUCGAGGAAUGGUUUAAUGCUCCGUUUGCAGAUAAGUGUGAGGUUAGUCUUACAGAUGAGGAACAGCUUUUGAUUAUUCGACGUUUACAUCAAGUUAUAAGACCAUUUUUACUCAGAAGAAAGAAGGAUGAGGUCGAAAAGUAUCUUCCAGGGAAAACCCACGUGAUAUUAAAAUGUGAUAUGUCUGCAUGGCAGAAAGCAUACUACCAGCAGAUUACAGAUAUUGGAAGGGUUGGGCUAGAAUCUGGCAGUGGAAGGUCUAAAGGUCUCCAGAAUUAUUCGAUGCAGCUCAGAAAGUGUUGCAAUCAUCCGUUUUUGUUUGUAGAAGAUUAUAACAUGUGGCAGAGAGAACAGAUUUUUCGAGCAUCUGGAAAAUUCGAGCUGCUUGACCGGCUGCUUCCAAAACUGAAAAGAGCUGGUCAUAGAAUUCUCCUUUUUUCUCAAAUGACUCGCUUAAUAAAUAUUCUUGAGAUCUAUUUGGACAUUUAUGGUUACAAGUAUCUUAGGCUUGAUGGUUCAACCAAGACCGAAGAACGAGGUGCUAAACUGAAACUGUUCAAUGCACCUGAUUCUGACUACUUCAUGUUUCUUUUAAGCACUCGAGCUGGAGGUCUUGGAUUAAAUUUGCAAACUGCAGAUACUGUUAUUAUCUUUGACAGUGACUGGAACCCUCAAAUGGAUCAGCAAGCAGAAGACCGGGCCCAUCGAAUUGGCCAGAAGAAGGAGGUUCGUGUCUUUGUGCUCGUAAGUGUGGGAUCCAUAGAAGAGGUGAUUUUAGAGCGUGCAAAGCAGAAGAUGGGUAUCGAUGCGAAGGUCAUCCAGGCAGGAUUGUUCAACACUACUUCUACAGCUCAGGACAGACGAGAAUUGCUGGAGGAGAUUAUGCGAAGAGGAACUGAUUCACUUGGAACAGACGUUCCCAGUGAGAGAGAGAUAAACCGGCUUGCAGCUCGAAAUGAAGAGGAAUUUUGGUUAUUUGAGAAAAUGGAUGAGGAGAGGAGGCAAAGGGAGAGAUACAAGUCGAGGCUGAUGGAAGAAUUUGAGGUGCCAGAUUGGGUAUACUUCAAGAACAUAGAUGUCAAGACUAAAAGGACAGCAGAUGGGGAUAGUAAUCAAGCUUUGGGUAAGAGACGACGUCGAGAGGUGGUUUAUGCCGAUCCACUCACCGAUAUCCAGUGGAUGAAAGCUGUUGAAAAUGGAGAAGACAUAUCGAUAUUUUCGAGCAAAGGAAGGAGAAAGGACCACCUCUCUGAUAUAUACGAGUCAACCACCUCGGACGAAAUGGUUGCGCAGACUUUCUCCGAGCAAAGGAAUGUGAGCAAACCAAUGGCGAGCGAUGAUAUUAGUGAUGAUUUGUCUAGCAGGACUCCGGGAAAGUACAGAUCUUUGUUUCAGAGCAGAGAAGAAGGUGAUGGUGAUGGUGAAGGUAGCAGCAGCUGGUAUGGCAACAUUGUCACAUGGAGGACACACAAGAGGAAGCGCUCAAGCCAUGGUUUGGAAACAAUCUGCAGAUUACAAUGGCUUUCAAAAAAAAAAAAUUGUUUCAGGUUUGGAGGGAGAUAGAGAAAGAGAGUCAAUUGCAUCUUCACCUACUGUCCAGAAUAACGAUAUUCCAAAGAACAUAGCUUGCUGGGGAUCCGUACUUGCUACUAUCAAGUAAGAUUUUGAUUUUUGUUAUAUUCAAUAUUUGUGGUUAGUUAUUUCAAUGACGAUGUUUUAAAAUUUUUGUUAUUUUCUUUUGGUUGUCCUUUAGCAUUUUCUUUAUAAAGAGAGGAUGUUGUCGUCUCAGGGCGAAUUAUUACGUCCGGACACCCGAAUAUACUAGGUCUUGGUGUAUUUUGAUGAUGUGACUCGUCUGGAUUGGUGUCCGGACGAAUCCGGACACCGGACGUAAUAAUUUGCCCCGUCUCAGGGAGUAAAAAAGAUUUGGGAUUAUAAUUCUUUGCAAAUAAUUCAUUGUAAAAUCCGCAGAGGCGGCAAAAAGGCAACUUUCAAUUGGAUGAAUUUGUAUAAAAUUAUUGUAUAUGUGGGUUUUUU